AUGUUUAACUCCUACGGUUUUGAGUUAGUCAGCUUCCGCCCUGAUUUCGCCGCCCUUUCUGACCCUCGGGACGUGCCGUCUUGGCACCGCUGCCAUGGGAGACGGAGAGCCGGGGUGACGCUGAAGGACGCGCCACGGUCAUCACUGAAAAUGUGGGAAAGUACCACUAUCCACCAGAGUGCGAAAAAUGGUUAUUUGAAAGAAAUUAUUACAGAAAAGCAUUGUGUUCAUUCCUGUACUCCAUUGUCACAUAUUCAACUUGCUUGCUGCUGGAAAUAUUGUGCUUUCCCUUGUGAUAAACAAGUGUGUGUUUGGGAUAUCCACAAUCCUAUCCUGCAGACCUUGGAGUUAAAAGGCCACCAUCAAUCAAUUACUGCACUGGCAUUUGGAAACCACAAUGAACCAACACUUCUAUGUUCUGCAGCUGAAGAUUAUGCCAUUAUAUGGGAUGUGGAAGCGUGUCGAAUGAGUUUACAACAAGGCUUGGUCCCAAGAGGAAAUGUUGUAGGAACUCUGCUAGGAAAAGUUUUAUAUUUAUGUUUCAGUCCAGAUGACCAAGCACUGGCAACCUGCGCAGACAACAAAAUCUAUGUGUUGAGCUGCAAGCAGGAAGAUAUUUUGGCAAUCUUAGAAGGUCAUCUUGGUGUGGUAACGGCUGCAGAAUUUUGCCCUUGGCAGUUGAACAUACUUGUAUCGAUCUCUGAAGACAGGACUUUUAAGGUUUGGGAUCUCACUAGUAAUGUAUUACUGUAUCAGUCAGCAGUUUUAUCAGGCUCUCCUCUGUUAAGCUUGUGCAUGGACAGCAGAGUUAAUCAGUUUAUUACUGGCUCUGCUAAUGGUCAGCUAGAUGUUUUCACUUUGUUACAUGAGCAACAAUGCCGUCGUGUGCUGCACGUUGACCUAGCAAAAGAACAGCAGAAAUACUGCUGCAAGAUCCAGCGGAAAGUCAAGUUAUCAGAGAAUUCAGAUGUUGACAGUAUUAACAGCCUGAGGAAUUGCAAGAAUCUUCACUAUUCUUCAUCCUACCUUAAUGGUAAUAAUUUGGAAAGUGGACCACAUGCAUGUAUUGAACUUCCAAUCCUCAGAAUGUCUCAUUGUGAAUAUUUAUUAAGUAGUUUACUGAAAAAAGAUUCAAGUUUUACACCAGAAAACUCCAGCAGUCUAUGGGUAGGGACUAUAAAUGGCUUAUUCAAUGUUAAUUUGGCCACUGGGGAAAUUGAUGCUGCUGUCCAUUUUGAAGAUCAUCUAGGUUUAAGCAUUCGGACAGCUGGCUCUUAUGCAAUAGGAAGCAGAAACACUAACAAGGGCUUAAUACUCUUGCAAAAUAUAAUACAUCAUUUCCAUUUUGAAAUCCUGGAACUAGGUGCCAGCAGUAUAAAAGACAAGCCGGUUGUGUUUCAUACCAAAGUGAAGUCUUCUGGCUACACUGCAGCACCGAGGGUGAACAUGUUCACACCAAAAGUAAAUCCCCCAAAAUCUGUCAGCUCAGUGAUGAAGGAAAAAACUUGCAGUCUGAAGGGAGUUAGCAAAGAAUACCCGCUGAACAGUCUGGCGCCAAGCAGACUUCAUACAAGAAUUGCUGUUUCAAACCAACCAACACCUGUAUGCUGCAUUCAGUAUUCAGGAGAUGGGAAGCUGCUUGCUGUUGGAUUGGCUGACAAAUCCAUGCUUGUUUAUAAUUCAUCACUUACUGGAUCCCCGACUGUGUUUAAAGGUCAUGAUGGAGCAGUGAAUUGUGUUGGUUGGACUCAGAAUGAUAAAUGGCUGUUGACGGCAUCAGAAGACAGGUCAUUAUGGAUCUGGCCAGCUCAUGGCUCGGCACCUGCACUGAAGCUGGGGACUGAGACAUUUUCAAAGCCGGCACGAUCAGCUCAGUUCUAUUAUAUGGACAAAUUUCUGUUGUUCUCUUCAGGAUCAGAGUUUCAGCUGCAUGGAUACCAUUUGGAUACAAGCAGGGAUGACAUUAAAAGUUACAAAAGGAAGAGCAAAAGCAAAUUGGUCGGCAAAUUCAAGAUGUCUGACACCCAGGAGAUCAGUUGCCUGUCUGCAGUAAAUGACUUUUAUUCCUAUAUUGUGUUGGCGGCUGGCACAAACCGUGCUUUGGAGGUGUUUGAUCUGAACGUUGGUCAAAGUGUCGUAACUGUGCCAGAUGCUCACACUAGACCUGUGCAUCAGAUUUGCCAGAAUAACGGUUCAGUAUUUUGUACCCAAGCUUCUGAAUCCUAUAAUCUCUUCCUGACAACGGCUGUAACUGAUGGAAUCAAACUGUGGGAUUUACGGACAGUAAGAUCUGUGCGUCGAUACGAAGGACAUUACAAUCGCUGUCAUCCAUGCAAGAUUGCCCUGAGUCCCUGUGGGAGAUUCUUGGUCACAGGAUCUGAGGACAAGUGUGCCUAUCUGUUUGAACUUGGCUCCAGUAAUUUCAUCCACAAGUUAUCGGGACAUACAGAGACUGUCAUUACUUUGGCAUUUAGCUCUUCUGCACCAAAGACAGAACACCUCAAACCAUUGAGCUCCCAAGUGAGGAGGGUGAACAGGCACCCCGUCGUUAUUCACUCUCUCUCUCGGCUGGACGCAACAAAGUUCAUUUUAAAAGGCUUUCUUCCGUUGUGGAUACUUCACUUCCAGACCAAAAGGAACUGUGUCUUUAAUGAGCAGAAACAGUGA